AAAUCACAUCGGAACGUACCCGCUUAUAUGACAUUUUAGAUUUGUGUCCGCUGUACACGGUUUUCAAUUAAAAAAAUUAUUUUACAAUAACCUUUUAGUAAAUAUACAUUUAUCACGGUUUUUUAAGAUGUCGAAUAACGUAGAGAAUUUAUCGCCCCAAAUAAUCCGACAAGUCGUUCGUGAGAUGCAGGAUCUAGUCAGUAAUCCACCUGAAGGUAUUAAAGUUCAAAUAAACGAUGAGGAUGUUACCGAUAUUCAAGGGUUCAUUGAGGGGCCUGCAGGUACACCAUAUGCUGGAGGAGUUUUCAAAGUAAAAUUAACUCUUGGCAAGGAAUUCCCUCAAUCACCACCGAAAGCUUACUUUAUAACAAAGAUUUUCCAUCCAAAUGUUGCAUCAAAUGGUGAAAUUUGUGUUAAUACACUCAAAAAAGACUGGAAACCAGAUCUCGGAAUCAAACACAUUUUAUUAACUAUAAAGUGUUUACUUAUUGUGCCUAACGCAGAAUCCGCAUUAAAUGAGGAGGCAGGUAAAUUAUUAUUAGAACAAUAUGAUGAUUAUUUUCAAAGAGCAAAGAUGAUGACGGAAAUUCAUGCACAGACACAAAAAGCAUGUAAAACAGGAAGCGGUGAUGGCCCCUUGGCCAAAAAACAUGCGGGUGAUAAAAAAUUAACAGCGGAAAAGAAAAAAAUUUUAAAAGAUAAAAAGCGGACGCUAAAACGCUUAUGAAAAUGAACAAAAUCAUCAAAAGGAGAAAAUUUUAAUCUUAAAGAAAAAUACCUACCUUCAAUACAUUUCAAUUCAAAUCCAUUAAAAAAAGUAAUCAGUAGUUUCUGCACAAAAAAAAUAUUUCCUCAUUACAAUGUGUCUCUAAAUAAACCUACUUUUAAAAAGUUUCUUUGUUCCUUGACCAUGUGUUAUUUUUUUAUUAUUUUGUUUUAUGUGGCCAAGAAAACGAUAAAAUGUAGAAUGGAUUUUAAUAUUUUAAAUUGUCUAGAUCAUUACAAAUUUACACUUUCUUUUAUUGUUUAUUAAUUAUUUGAAAUUUACCGAUAGUAUAGUGUGCAAUUUGAAAAAGACGAGAAUGUUGUUUAUGUAAUAAAUGAAUUCAUUUUAAAUUCGUCGGAAUGGAAUAAUUUAUUGUGUUAGAAUUUAAGAAAGUGUGUAUGUGUGCGAAGAUUUAUUAAAAAUAAAGUGUAUCAUUAAUAAAA